UGCCUGCUCUGCUCUGCUCUGCCUGCUCUGCCUGCCUGCUCUGCUCUGCCUGCCUGCAGACAUGUCCAUGUGGCUGACCGCUGCGCUCGGCCUGGCCCUCCUCUCCUAUGCGUACAUCAGGACUUUCCUCCCGUAUUUCUGGGAUGACUGCGUCUCUAUGCUGAGGAGCCUCAAGCUGAGCUUCAGGCUGAUCAGCUACAAGAAGCGCAAACCUUUCUACAGCAUCCUGGAGUGUUUCCUGGACGCAGCGAGGAGACACCCCACCAAGGUCUUCAUCCACUUCGAGGGGCGCGCCUUCUCCUACGCACAGGUGGACAGGCAGAGCAACCAGGUGGCCAGAGCCCUGCAGGCUGAAGCCCGGCUGAAGGAGGGGGACACGGUGGCUCUGUUUCUGCCAAACGAGCCCAACUUCGUGUUGUCUUGGCUCGGUUUGGCCAAGCUGGGCUGCCCGGCCUCUCUGCUCAACUUCAACAUCAGAUCCAAGUCCCUGCUGCACUGCUUCUCCUGCUGCGGGGCCAAAGUGCUGCUCACCUCUCCAGAGAUGCUGGAUGCUGUGAAGGAGGUGCUGCCGACGCUCAGAGAGCAGGGAAUCCGCGUGUUCCUCCUGUCUGACAGCUGCAGCAUUGAAGGCAUCACCGCUUUAUCUGACAAGAUAUCUGAAGCCUCAGACGAGCCGCUGUCCCCUGAGCUGAGGGCCAACAUUCACAUCCGGAGUACGGCUCUCUACAUCUACACGUCCGGCACCACAGGUUUGCCUAAAGCAGCCGUCGUCACCCAUGAGAGGGUGUGGGCGGCCUCCUUCGUCCAGGCGGCGUCUGGAACCACUGCAGAGGACAUCUUCUACCUCAACCUGCCUCUGUAUCACAGCGCUGGCUUCCUCAUCGGGCUGGCCGGAGGGAUCGAGAGAGGUCUGACCAUCGUGCUGAAGAGAAAGUUUUCCGCCUCUCAGUUCUGGGACGACUGCAGGAAGUAUAACGUGACGGUGAUGCAGUACAUCGGCGAGACGCUGCGUUAUCUCUGCAACAUGCCCAAGAAAGAGAACGAGAAGAACCACAAAGUCCGAAUCGCCAUCGGGAACGGAGUCCGAGCCGAUGUUUGGAGGGAGUUCCUGAAUCGAUUCGGGGACAUUAAGGUCAGAGAGCUGUAUGCCGCCACCGAGGGGAACAUCGGCUUCAUCAACUACACCUCAAAGAUCGGAGCCGUGGGACGGAUCAAUUUCCUGCACAGGUUUAUCUUUCCCUGCAUGUUGAUCAAGUUUGAUGUUGAGAAGGAGGAACCGAUCAGAAACUCAGAGGGUUUGUGCAUCAAAGCAGAAAUCGGCCUGGUGUUUCCUCCUGUUCCGCAGCCGUCCCUGGAGAUGACAGGAACGUUCAAGAUGAAGAAGGUGAAGCUGGUGGAGGAGGGAUUCAGCCCUGCUCUCAUUAACGAGCCGCUUUACUUCCUGGAUCCUGACCUAAAGACUUACAACCCUCUGACAGAAGAGAUCUACGGCCAGAUCAGCUCCGGGAAGGUCAAACUCUAACAGAAACGCGACUCAACGUUUGGUUUUAUUUUAAUUUUAAUUGAGGACUUAACUUCUCAUCCGUUGGACCUUAAUCAACUAAUCUCAGGGAGAAACUUUUGACCCAGCACUUGUUUGUUUAAAGAUUUUCUUUUUUUUAUUAACACGUUCACUGCACACCUCUACAGAUGUUUUAAUUCAUCAUCCUGAGUGUUUCAGAAUGUUUUUAAAUAAAUCCUUAGAAUAAAAAUA